UUUUUCAGUCUUUGUUUAACUUGUGUGUUAACUUAAAUUUAACCUAAUGGUCAUGUAAUCAUAAAAAUAAUUAUGAAUGAAGGAGACGGGCUUACUCAUCUUCAUGGAUUUCGAUGAAAUUAAGCUCAUUCGACGUAUUUUGUACGAAAUUUUUCUACGAAUCUGGCAAAAAGAAGUGCUGGUCUCUGCCCUGUGGACCGAGGUAUUAAUCAUUAAAGUUGACGACUAUUGAGUUUGGAAAAUCUGUCACAUCGAUAGCAUAGAAGGAUAUGAGAAUCUGUAAGUUAAAGCUAGAUUAGGUAUUUUCUGCAUCAAAAUACGCGAAUUCUCUACUUUAAAAAUAAGUUCUCAUCAACUGUAAAAAUGAAAGUUAUAUAGAAAAUAAUUUGUUUUUAAAGCAAGGAAUUUGUUUUUAAAGUAGAGAAUUUGUGAUUGUAAAACUGAGAAUUUGUGUAGCCCUCUAUAUCAUCGAUAUAACAGUUUUCCUAACUUGAACGUAACCUGAACUUGAACUUUGCGUAAUAUCUCGAUUCGCGGGGGCAAAGCGACACUUUUUCUACCAGAUUUGUUCAUUUUGUGCAAAAACGCGUCGAAUGAGCCUAAUUUCAACAAAAUCGGUGAGUAAGCCUGUCUCCUUCAUAAUUACCAAAAUAAGUACAUGUUUGAAAUUUAACGGAAGUGAAAAGUAAAGUUGUAUACUGCAGUUUUAUGCACCAAUAAAAAAACAAACCCAUUAUUGAAUAGCGUAUAUCAAAUUUACAAUAUUUCUAUGAACCUACAUAUAUUAUUUGUUUUAACGCGUUUUUAAUAGUGUUCCAAUAAUAGAGAUUAUUGUGUAAAGCAAAUUGAUUGUAGGCGAAUAGAAAAACAAGAUAGCUAGAAGUGUUUGUCAACGUUAAAACAUAAUCGUCUUCUUCCAUUAAAAUAUGCCAGGGGUUACAGAGAUGUCGUUGGAUCAUAUGUUUUGUUCCCGAUGUAGAGAAGGUUUUGUUGCACAUGAGAAAAUUGUUAAUUCAAAUGGUGAAUUGUGGCAUCCGCAGUGUUUUGUAUGCGCGCAAUGUUUCCGACCAUUUCCAGAUGGAAUCUUCUAUGAAUUUGAAGGAUACAAAUAUUGCGAGCAUGACUUUCAUGUUCUGUUUGCACCAUGUUGUGGCAAAUGUGGCGAAUUUGUUAUUGGCCGCGUGAUUAAGGCGAUGAAUUCAAAUUGGCAUCCACAAUGUUUCCGCUGCGAAGAAUGUAACGGUGAAUUGGCAGAUGCGGGCUUCAUUAAGUGUCAAGGCAGAGCCUUAUGCCAUACGUGCAACGCUAAUGUGAAAGCUGGUGUACUUGGAAAACAUAUAUGUCAUCAAUGCCACGGAGUAAUCGAUGACAAACCUUUACGAUUCCGUGGUGAACUUUAUCAUCCUUAUCAUUUCAAUUGCACAACUUGUGGUAUAGAACUCAAUUCCGAAGCCAGAGAAGUCCGUUCUCGACCUGGCUAUGCUGCCAAUGAAAUGAACGAGCUCUAUUGUUUGCGGUGUCACGAUAAAAUGGGAAUCCCAAUUUGUGGCGCCUGUCGACGUCCCAUCGAAGAACGCGUGGUAACGGCACUUGGCAAACAUUGGCAUGUGGAGCAUUUUGUAUGUGCUAAAUGCGAAAAACCCUUCCUGGGCCAUCGCCAUUAUGAGAAAAAAGGUCUUGCUUAUUGCGAGACUCAUUAUCAUCAAUUGUUUGGGAAUCUCUGCUUUGUCUGUAAUCAGGUUAUCUCUGGAGAUGUUUUUACGGCAUUGAAUAAGGCAUGGUGCGUUCAUCACUUUGCAUGUGCAUUCUGCGACCAGAAGAUGAAUCAGAAGACCAAGUUCUUCGAGUUUGACCUAAAGCCCGCGUGCAAGAAGUGCUAUGAUAAGUUUCCGCAAGAGUUGAAAAAGCGGAUGCGACGUAUGUACGAUCUGAAUCCUAAGAGGAUUCCACCAGCAUAAACACAGAUCUCGGCUUGGGCUCUUCUGUGUAACUCUCUUAAGAUUUAAUCAAUACUCACUGAUUUACUUGUAGUGCCUUAUUUGUCUUAAUAUUAAUAUAAGAAAUUACAUUUAACUAUUUGUCAUAUUGUAAGCUACGUAGAGUCUACGUACCAAAACUACUUAUUUAUCAGUUGCAACACUGACGUAACAGCUAUAUUUUUAAUAAUUAUUUUUUAAUAAAAGGUAUGAGUGCAUCUUCGACUUAAAAUAUCUUUUCUAAUUUGGCAUCUACGAAUAGGAGAGUGUGCAAUAGUUCUUCUAUAUGUAUACAUUUUGUGUAUGUGAAGCGUAACAUUAGUUACACACGACACACACACACACACACAGAGAGAGAGAAUGUUUCACGUCUAACGCAUUAUCUGCUAAUGGCAGAUUCCUGAAGUUAUUUUGAAAUUAAAAUUCUAGUUUUUGAAUUAUAAUCAUUUAAAGCUAGCAAAUUAUACUGUCUAAAAUUUACGUGUUCAGGUAAUAACGCAAAGUGCUAAAAGCAAAAGCUAAUAGUUGCCUAUUAUAAUAUCAAUAUAAAUAAUUACAUAAGCGAAAAUGAAAUCACUGAUAUUUCUAAUUCUUGAUCUGGAGACACGGUAGUGUCUUAGCACUAAACGUCACAGCGCGAGAUAUUUAUUAUAUUAAAAAAAUAUUUAGUCUGAACAUUAUUAAAUUUUCGUCUCAAAAUGUUUCAGGUAUCUGCCAUUAGCAGGUGGUCUGGUCUGAAAUGCAUUGUAUGUGUGUGUGUGUGUCGUGUGUGUGCGCGCGCGCGCGUGGGCGUGUAUUAUAAUAAAAUUUUAAUCAGGAAAAUGUGUAGUAAACACGAGCAACUCUAUGACAUGCUGCACUCCUGCGUAUUCCGACUGAUACAAUCUGAUUGAUAAACUUUUUAUAUAUAAUCAUUAAUAAUUCGGUAAAUAAUAAUCAAGAUCAAAAUUGGGAAAGAAACUUAGUUCAAAAUUUCAUCAUCCUUCAUUCCAAGAAAUAUUAUAGUAUUUUCGGCCCGACCGGGUUUGCACCAACCUGAGUUCGAAAAUGCUUUGCUAUCGAUUGACGUUACAUGCUCUACCAAUAGGAAAGCACGAAACAUCAUUAAUUCAACCCAGGUUGGUGCAAAGUGUACCCCGGUGUAAGCCCGGUCAGGAUGAAAACACUAUUAAUUAAGAGUUAUGGAUAACUUGUAUUCAUACAAGUAAUCGCAUUUUAUGAAACUUUACUUAUGUAUGUUAAUUUUAAAAUGUUAUUAUAAUUUUAAAAUAUGUAUAUUUAUGAUUAAAACUCGACCUUAUGUAAAAAUGUUCAUAACAAAAUGCAGGAUGAGCAAUAAGACGUGCCUAACAAAAAAUGUACAAUAAAAACGGCAUUUAAUGGAAGUA